CCUUACCAAUUAAUAAUAUCUAGGUAUAGUCUAUAACAUUAUUACAUGACUUCAUCCAACUUCAAGAAGAUAGAGCCACAAUAUUUUGGUUUACAGUUUGCCCAUGUCAAUAGUUACACUUUUAGAAGAUAUUACCAUAGAAAAAGGAUAGCAGAAUACAAUUUUAAUGAAACUCAAAAGAUUUUAAUAUUAUUUUAUCAAAUAAUCGAUUUCGGGGUCUAUCGAAUGUCGCAUCACUAUUACUAUUGUCAUCAUUGAAAGUUGAAGUACAUUAUAAAACGUUUGUAAAAUGUUUUUCUCUGUUUUUUAUUGAAUAAGAAUAAAGUUGUACGCUAUAACAGUGUCAUAUUACUAUAUUUUUAGUUUGCUUAUUUAUCGUGAAAUAAUAAUUAGAACCAGAAAAUGUUUUCUGUAGACUCUGUUGCUAGCAGUGCUAGCACAAGCACAACACCACAAAGAUUAGAAGUGGAAAAUGUUAUUGGAGACAGUGAUAUUACGAAUAUUGACAUGAUGUCAGAAAUUGAAAAAGAACUACAAGAUAACCCCGGCGACUUGAUAUCUCUUGUGUUUCUUCUUUAUGAGGUACCGGACACAGCACUACAACGUUUGAUUGUUUUUCAACGCGUUUCCAACGAUGCCAGUAACUCUAUAAAUCUGAACAUGCUACACGAGUGGUUUCGACAUGCUAAGCACAACCCCAACUGGAAACAUGAAUUUGUAGAAGCUCUGCUUAUCUGUCAACUGUAUAGUAUUGUCAGAAAACUAGGAUUAAAUGUCCCUGCAGCACGCAGGUACUAUCAAACGGACUCCAUAACUGUAAAAAUGUACAUAAACCCCAUGAAAAAAGCCUUAUACAAAUUAUGUGAAAGCAUUAACUCUGACAAUCUUCUGAAACUUAAAAAAGCUCUCCUAACUUAUGAGACUGACACUACAGAAUAUGAAUGUUGUGAACAAGUUUUUCUAAAGCUCAUGUGUGACAAAUUUAUAACAAUUAAUCAAUACCAAUACAACAAAAAGGUUCUGGGCUUUAAAGUGGAAAUAGACAAACUUGUCAAGAUUUUAGACAACCUGCCGGGACUGAAGAAACUGCUUUUAGAGAUCAAUAUGUUGCAACAAUCAUUGAAUGAUGAGCACAAACCAAGUGCCUCAGUUGCUACCAGUACUCCUAUAAUGAAACAUAUGAAAGUGGAUGAAACAAAUCAAGGGAAAGCUGAUGACAAUUACUACAAUAUGGACUUUAAUGAUGUUUUUGAAAUGCUUGGGGAAUUGCAGUUGGAUGAAAGAGCACAAGAAUCUCUGAAGUCUGAUAGGAAGCUACUGGACAAUGAUAGCUAUGAAAUCAAGAGUAACAACAGGGUUGGAGUUUGUGUCAUCAUAAAUCAGGAAACAUUUUAUCCAUCCAAGAACAGCAUUGAAUUAAAUGGAAAUAUUACACUAGAUACAAGAAUUGGCUCCGACAAGGAUAAGAUGAUUCUAGAAAAGACUAUGAGUGAACUAAACUUUACCGUUUUCUCUGAAACAGAUUUGGACCAUAAAAAGAUGAUGCAGUUCAUAAUGAAUGUUGUCAAACAUAAAGUCAGCAAGAAUGACAGCAUUUUUAUGCUGUGCAUACUGUCUCAUGGAGUAAAGGGCCAGGUAUAUGCAGCUGAUUCUGUGAAAGUUAAAAUGGAUGAUAUUCAGAAUUUACUGGACUCUGAUGAAGCUAAAAAUAUACACAGCAUUCCCAAGCUUUUGAUAGUUCAAGCUUGCCAAGUUGAUGAAAAUACUCCCCAGAUUUUAGUGGCUGACAGCCCGAGAGAUUACAAUUUAAGGAAGUCUAACUUCCUUGUUUACUAUGCCACUGCACCUGAACUAGAAGCAUACAGAAAUGAAAAAAGAGGGUCAAUAUUCAUACAGGUACUAUGUAGAACAAUAAGGAAGUUUGCUAAUAAUGAACAUGUCUAUGAUAUUUUCACUAAAGUCAAUAAUAAUGUGAAUUUUAUAUGCCAAAAGGUGGGAUGUACCCAAGUGCCUCUAUUUCAGUCAACUUUGACAAAAAAGCUUUACUUACAAGUUCCCACGAAUCCAGAUAAGUGAUUAACAUUUAUGUCGUUUAACCAGUCUUAGAUUUAAGGAAAUAAAGAUAUAUUAUAAAUAAAUAAAAAUAUACCGUGUAAAUAAAAUUAAAAAAGGAACUGGAUAUGCAAUAAUAGUUACAUUAGAAUAAGUGCUAUUUUAUUAUGGGGUGGGGCAAUCAUUGAAUGGCUUCUCUCGCCUGGGACUAGUCUAGAAUAAGUGCUAUAAGUACGUACAUAGAGAUUAAGAAAAUUUAUUUUAAAAAUACUCAGAGAAAUAGUUAAUCAAAAUGUAAUCAAGUGCUAUAUUUUUGUAAUUAAAUGAAAUUGAAUCAAUAAAGGUUAUUUUAAAAAU